ACAAACGGACGAGAACAAAACACAUGACAGACAAACUGACAAGAAAACACACACCAAAGAAGACUGCAAGCAAAGACAAUCCAUAGAAGUAGAGAAAAAAGAAGAAGGAAAGAAGGAAAGGUUGUUUAAAAGGAAAGGGGGGGAGGAUGCGGGGAGAUGGGUGAACAAGAGGAGGCAAACCCCUUCGUCCCCCCUACUGGGGGAUAAGGAGAAGAGUAGCAGUAUGUCCAAGCUGCUAGAUGCUGUGGACGGAGAUGAAUCGAGUGGUGUGCUAAAUGACCUCGCCAGGGCGCGGUCCUUCCGUGCGGAGCCCGAGCCCGGGCAGAAAGUGUUCCGGGCCAGCGAUUUACUACAGGGUGAGCUAUUAGGCUCUGGUUUCUUCGGCGAGGUGUACAAGGUGACCCACCGCGACACCAACGAGGUCAUGGUGCUGAAGCAACUCUACCGGGUCGACGAGGACGCGCAGAGGAACUUCCUCAAGGAGGUGGCAGUGCUCCGUUCGCUGAAGCACCGCAACGUGCUUCGGUUCGUGGGUGUACUCUACAAGGACAAGCGACUCCAUCUCGUCACCGAGUACGUGCCGGGGGGGACUCUGUACCAGCUACUGCAGGACAGUACGGUCCCCCUGAGCUGGGAGGUCCGGGCGCGGCUGGCGCGGGACGUGGCGGCGGGGCUCGGGUACUUACAUCGCAGGAACGUCAUACACAGGGAUCUCAACUCACACAACUGUCUCGUGCGGGAGGACAAGACGGUGAUAGUGGCAGACUUUGGUCUGGCUCGCGUGGUCCAGCGCGCCGCAUCCUCCACCUCCACGCUGCGCCGCAAGCGGUACACGGUGGUAGGCAACCCAUACUGGAUGGCCCCGGAGAUGAUGAACGGGAACGUGUAUGAUGAGAAAGUAGACGUCUUCUCCUUCGGCAUCAUACUCUGCGAGAUAAUUGGUCGGGUGUCAGCAGACCCGGACUUCCUGCCCCGUCGGUCGGACUUCGGCCUCAACGAGCCGCUGUUCAUUGAGAAGUUCUGUCGCGCCUCCCACUGCCCCGAAGCAUUCUAUCGGAUCGCGUUCCUUGCUUGUCAUCUAGACCCCGAUAUAAGGCCUCCAUUCGAGCUGCUGGAGGAGUGGCUGGAGUGCCUGGAGUGCGAGCUGGGCGCGGGCGGGGCGCCGCCCCCCUCCCUGCUGCAGCGACUCGCCGACUACGCCCCCCACUGCGCCAAGCUCAGUAAGGACAGCUGUCAGCCGCUUAGUAAGGCGAAGAGUGGAGACCUCAGCAUACCUGAUGCGGGAGUACUCAAGUCGCCGUCUACCGCGACCCUGUCGGUCCCGGAGCGCGGCUGGCGCCUGGGCAAGUGUGUGUCGGCGUCCCACAUCGGGGCUCGGCCCCCGGCCGCCAGCGCAGCCCCCGCCCUCUGUCGCAGCCAGUACUCGCUGCACACCGCCGGGUACAUCCUGCAUGCCCAGGGGAACACCAUCAACAUUACCAAGGUUGACGACAUAACCAAGUGGCUAGACCCGCCCCCCCUGAAGCGGACCCCCCCGGACCCCCACCUCGACCGCCUGCCGGACCACAAGUCCAGGAAGCUGGAGCCCACAAACCUGCCCGCCUUCCUGCGGAACCAGUCCGUCGAGGAACUAGACUCACAGUACAAGCUACACGUACACCCCCCACUGCCAUUCUGCAGGCAUAUCAGCAUCCCCAACAGUUCCCCUGUCCCCCUCGACAACGAGGACUCGGACUCCUCAGACGACGAUGACCAAAUCAGCACCUGGGAACGGAACGUCAAGAUCUUCGACCAAAUGGAGGUAGACCCCAAGAACGCUAUCGCCAACCUCGUCAAGAAAGGAGAGAACUUACUCUCGAAGAAAGCGAGCUAUGACGUCACCGACGUCGUGCUCAGAAACCCAGAGUGCAUGACUCACGAGCGUAAGAUACCCGAAGUAGACUGCAGGAGGUACAAUAUAGACUACCUCACUAAGAGCCCAAUAAUGGCGCAGGGCGUCAAGAACAUAUCUAAAGCGGUGGAGAAGGACAAGUCAGUAGAGAAAGAGAAACCGCAGGAGAAGUCAGGGUUCUUUCCCAAAAAACUGCUGUCACCAAAGUUCAGUAGACUGUUCAAACCGAACACUGCCGAGGUCGUUCGGAAUAAGGAUGUGGAAGACAAGGACAAAUCCAGGAGCAAGUUCUUCGUACAAAGACCCGCGUCUCCCAGCAACAUGGGCCGCUCACACCGGGUCAGACCUUCGGACACUGACAAACCGAUGCUAAACAAAGAUGUCCUAAAGUCCGACAUCAAACUAGCCAGCAUGGGCAAGCCGAUGACUCCAAUAUUCCGACGACAUUUGGGCGAGAAACCAGAGUUCGCGGACGGCAGGUUCAGCUACAGAGACCGAAGGUCGAAACCUAACGAAGACUCCAAGUUUAUAGAGUUAGGACGAAAUAGGAUUAAGGCCCCGCUUAGUACACUAGAGGGCACGAAACUGACCCCAUUGAUACGUAGUUCCCAUAUAAAUAAUAUUGCAGCGUUGACAACGGUGCCGGAGAAGAAGAUUGUUGAGAAAAAGAAAUGCGAUGAGUUACCGAAGCGCAGGGAGCCUGGCAUUUCUCGCAGUAACUACGUAAGUCUCGCUAAUCUUAAGAUCAAUGGUAAAGGCAAAGAUGUUGAUGAGAAAUGUAGACAGAGAGGCAACGAGGAUUCCCCGGUCGAGCGAGUUAUGUAGGUUUGGAUUAUUGAGAUCCGGUGUCGAGUUAUGGUGGUAAUAACUUUUUU